UAAAAGUAUAAACCCAUCAACAAAUUAGUGAAUAAUAACAGCCCUUUUCUAACUUCACAAUAACUCGGUUUAAAAAAAAAAAACGGUGUCGUUUCUUUCGCUUUAUAUUUAAAAACCACCUCUUUCUUUUUCACUCCGUUCAAAUUACGCAAAACUAAAUUUCCAUUUUUCUUUCGUUCCUUUCUUUUUAUUAUCUUCUUGAACAACAAAUUUCCCAUUCUGAAUUUUCAAUUUCUAGGGUUUUUGCUAGGGUUUGAUUUUUGUUUUAUCUAUACUUAAUUAAUUCUUUAAUAUUUAUGUUGAAGAAAGAGAAUUUAGUAAUGCAGACGGAAGCCAGAGUUGGAGUAGUUGUAGAUGGCGGACAAAGAGACGGUUGUACGCGAAAAUACGUACAGGUUAAGCAACAAUCACAACGACAACAACAAACUCAAAUUGGAGCGGUUUCGCAGUUUUUCUCCGGAGGAAUUGCCGGUGCUGUUAGUAAAACUUGUACUGCACCUCUUGCUCGUCUUACAAUCCUCUUUCAGAUACAAGGUAUGCACUCGGAGGCUUCAACUUUGAGGAAAGCUUGCAUUUGGAGGGAGGCUUCACGAGUUAUACACGAGGAAGGAAUAAGAGCUUUCUGGAAAGGAAAUUUGGUGACAAUAGCUCAUCGCCUUCCUUAUUCUUCCAUCAGUUUCUACUCAUACGAACAAUACAAGAAUCUUCUGCAAUCGCUUCCCGGAUUAGAAAAUAAUAGUAAAUAUAUUGGUGCACCUAUAUUUGUGCGUCUAGCAGGUGGCUUUUUAGCCGGAGUAACAGCUGCAUCUGCUACCUAUCCAUUAGAUUUGGUGAGGACACGCCUUGCUGCCCAAACAAAUGUGUUAUAUUACAAAGGUAUAGGGCAUGCAUUACAUACUAUUUGCAAAGAAGAAGGUGUGUGUGGUCUUUACAAAGGACUUGGAGCAACGCUUUUGAGUGUGGGGCCAAAUAUAGCUAUCAGUUUCUCAGUUUAUGAGACCUUGAGGUCUCAAUGGCAGCUACAGAGGCCGCAUGAUUCUUGUGUGCUUGUGAGUCUUGCUUGUGGAAGUAUAUCUGGCAUUGCAUCAUCUACUGCCAUAUUCCCCAUUGAUUUGGUAAGACGAAGGAUGCAAUUAGAAGGAGCCGGUGGUCGUGCACUUGUAUACAAUGCAGGUAUUUUCGGUACAUUCAAGCACAUCAUCCGGUCAGAAGGGUUAAAAGGAUUGUACAGAGGUAUUUUACCAGAAUACUAUAAGGUCGUGCCUAGUGUAGGCAUUGUUUUCAUGACAUACGAGAUGAUGAAGAAAAUAUUGUCACCUGUAGAGCAAUAGCAUCCUGGAUAAUAUAACUCGAUAUAGAUUAACGUAGAAGAUUUACCCGAUGGGCAGCUUUAUUUACGCUGUUUUGGUUCUCUUUUUUUUUUUUUUUUCUUAAUACGAUUAACUACUAGAUUGGUGGCAAUUUUCGAUUCUGCCACGGUUAGGAACUUGUACACAACAUUGAAAGACUAUUCUAUUCUAUUAAUGUGGAAACGUAUGUGCAAAUAUAUGCUCAUCACAUUAUCUAUACUUUGUCCUUUUCUUUAUAGGUGCAAAGAAGCACAUAGCUCAUACAAUCUC